UAAGGAAACAGGAUAUCACAGAUUAUAGAUUUGCACUCCCAGACAUAAAUAUCAAGACAACCACAGCUGUUUACUUAUGUGGAUUCUUCAUCAGCCAUCUCUACCCCAAGUCUCCAGAAUUGAGGAUUUUCCAACUCUGGUCAUUGCUACACAAGGAUACUAAGAAUCUUUGCUGCCUGAAUUUCCACAGCUCUUACAGCUUCCUUGUUGGUGAAAGCAUGUCAACAAAGUACGAAAACUUCCAAGACCUGGAGAAUGAGGAGAGAAGAGAGCGCUUUAAGAAUGGGCUGCUUCCUCCCCAGUCCUUCCUCCAGCAUUUCUGCUCGGGCCUCCGCCUAAUCCUGCUCAACUUGGGCCUCAGCCUUCUCCUACUGGUCGCCAUCUGUGUUAUUGGAUUCAAAAAUUCCAAGUUCCAAAGUGAUCUGGUAAGCCUGAGAACAUCAUUCAGCAAUUUCACAUCAAACACAGAGGCUGAGGUCCAGGCACUGAGCUCGCAGGGUCAUAGUGCACAAGGAACCAUAGAAUCUCUGAAAUCUGAGGUGGAGAAUCACAGGCAGGAGUUGCAAGCAGCUCGUAGCUUGAAUGACAAGGUUCUUGCUCUGGAAAACACGCUGGAUAAACAGCAGCACCAACUCAAAGCAGAUUAUUCGGAAAUGCUCUCAUUUGUCCAGAAGUUGGCUAAAGACCUGAACUCCCUGAACUGCAAGAUAGCUUCUCUCAAGAACAAUGGCUCUCAAACUUCCUGUUGUCCCACUAAUUGGCUGAACUAUGAAGGCAGCUGCUACUGGUUCUCUAGCUCUGGGAAGUCCUGGCAUGAGGCUGAGAAAAACUGUCAACUGAAGAACGCCCAUCUGGUUGUCAUCAAUUCCAGGGAGGAAGAGAAUUUUGUACAGGAAUAUAUAGGUUCCUCAUAUACUUGGAUGGGCCUCAGUGAUCCUGACGGUGUCUGGAAAUGGGCAGAUGGGACGAACUAUGAAACCAACUACAAGAACUGGAGGCCGGGACAGCCAGAUGACUGGCACGGACAUGGGCUGGGUGGAGGCGAGGACUGUGCCCACCUCCAUCCCGAUGGCGGGUGGAAUGAUAAUGCCUGCCAAAGGAUUUUCCACUGGGUCUGUGAAACUGGCCUGAGUCUACCCAGCUAAGAGGACCCUGGAAACACUUUCUAUAGAUCACUCAACUUGGCAGUGGCUGGAAAUCCUUCUCCUGAUACUUCAAUAACAAGACCUCUGUGAUAGUGAGUCUCUGAGACAAUGUCCAGCAGGACAACUGAAAGGAUAUACAGCCAUCCCUUUGCUCUUCUCUAAGUGUUUUCUUAGUUCCCUUUUGUAAAAAUAGACAUUUAUGAAUAUUGUUCUUGGCCACCAAACCAACAAAUGACCCAAAUACCCGCCAAUCAACCAUCUCUCAAUCAACUGACAACAGUGAAACAUCCAUUCAACAGUCAAUAACCAACUAACAAGUUCAUUCUUGUCUCUUUAUGUUUUUUGCCUAAUUUUUAACAUAUUUUAUACAUAUUACAUUCCAAUAGCUUCUACACAUCAGACUUAAAAAUAAUUAUUAUUUGUUCUUCUGAGCUUUUUGUUAUGUAUCAAAAUUAUUUUAAUUAUUCUGUUAAAGUUAUUGUUAUAAUUCUUUAAAACAUCACUUAAGGACAGCAACAUCUUUGUGGUUAAAGCUUUAAGAAAACAUCAUCCAUCCAUUGUUGGGCCCCUGAAUAAUUAGGAGCCACUGCUCUGUGCUGAUAAGGGCUGGGAAACAGUGGGCUCUGAUCCUGAGCAACUCUCUGUGGGAUUUGUGGCAAACACCUGUGCUAAUAAAGCUUGGGAGAGGGUGUGCUCUGACCCUGAACAGUGUAAAGGAUUUGCUCCCAUAUGAACUUGCUCUGUGUUUGAUGUAUCUUGUUUUUUCUUCUCAUGUCUCAUUACUUUGUUUUUGAUGAAAAUAUAAGUAAAAACCUUGACCCAUGUGUUAGAAAGGAGA